AUGGAAGCACGAACGAUACCAACAUCGGAAAUGACAGCACCUUCAAUUAUCCAAUGGCCAGAGAAUACAACUCGAUCAUUAAUUUGUAACGUCGACAUCAUCACCGAUUAUGAGCAAGGUUACGAGAAUUCCAGACGCUUAUUACGGGAAGGAUAUACCAUUAGAAAUCUAAAUACAUAUGAAAGGAUGUUUUUUAAUGAAAUUGUUGAUGAAUUUUG